ACUUUACCGGAAGUGGCUUCCCAGCGGGAAAGGAUAGAAAGAGGACCGGCGCCGGAUGUUGCUGUCCGGUCCGAGUCGGGUAGAUUCUGACGGGUAGGCCAGCUGCGCAGUCGCAGAGAGCCCCAGCCACGCCGGCCCAGGUGGCCUCCGGUGAGGAGGGCGGAGCGCACCUGUGGCGACGGGGCGACGAGUUCAAGCUUCCGUGGGUGCAGCUGGCCGCCAGCGAGGGAUGCGGAGACGCCCCUGAACGACCAUGGCAUCGGCUGACGAGCUGACCUUCCACGAAUUCGAGGAGGCCACUAAUCUUCUGGCUGAGACCCCAGAUGCAGCCACAACCAGCAGAAGUGAUCAGCUGACCCCACAAGGGCACGUGGCUGUGGCCGUGGGCUCAGGUGGCAGCUAUGGAGCCGAGGAUGAGGUGGAGGAGGAGAGUGACAAGGCCGCGCUCCUGCAGGAGAAGCAGCAGCAGCAGCCCGGAUUCUGGACCUUCAGCUACUAUCAGAGCUUCUUUGACGUGGACACCUCACAGGUCCUGAACCGGAUCAAAGGCUCACUGCUGCCCCGGCCUGGCCACAACUUUGUGCGGCACCAUCUGCGGAAUCGGCCAGAUCUGUAUGGCCCCUUCUGGAUCUGUGCCACGUUGGCCUUCGUCUUGGCUGUCACUGGCAACCUGACGCUGGUGCUGGCCCAGAGGAGAGACCCCUCCAUCCACUACAGCCCCCAGUUCCACAAGGUGACCGUGGCAGGCAUCAGCAUCUACUGCUACGCGUGGCUGGUGCCCCUGGCCCUGUGGGGUUUUCUGCGGUGGCGCAAGGGUGUCCGGGAGCGCAUGGGGCCCUACACCUUCCUGGAGACUGUGUGCGUCUACGGCUACUCCCUCUUUGUCUUCAUCCCCAUGGUGGUCCUGUGGCUCAUCCCUGUGCCUUGGCUGCAGUGGCUUUUUGGGGCACUGGCCCUGGGCCUGUCGGCCACCGGGCUGGUAUUCACCCUCUGGCCUGUGGUCCGUGAGGACACUAGGCUGGUGGCCAUGGUGCUGCUGUCUGCGGUUGUGCUGCUCCAUGCACUCCUGGCCGUGGGCUGUAAGUUGUACUUCUUCCAGUCGCUGCCUCCGGAGAAGGUGGCUCCUCCAUCCCAAAUCACAUCUCUGCCCUCAAACAUCCCGCUGCCCCCUACCCUGCCUCAGUCCAUGGCCCCCUCCUAGAAAGGCCCGGGUCCCACAGGCAACACCUAAGUGGACCAACCCCUCUGCCUGUCCUGCCCCCCAGAUGAUGACUGAAGGCUCCCUUGACACCUUGAGAUGACUCUGCUACUUUCCAGACUUUUCUUACAAAGCAAACACUUUUAUUUUCUAUGCAAAGGUGAUUCAGAGAAUUUAUAUAAAGGCGGGAGAGGGGCAGCCGAGCAGGGAGCUUUGGGACAGGGCUGGGGCCCCCAUAUCCCCCUGGGCCACCUGCUUUCCCUCCCAUGGCUCCCCUGGAACAGGAGAGCGAGCCAAGGGGGCGCCCCAGCCUGGACAGCACCCGCUCCUGCCUGGGUGCACAUAUGGCGGGCCUGGGUCCGGGCCUGAGCUCCAGCAUCUGAGUUUGGGGGUGUCAGAAACAGGGGAGCAGAAGGAGAAGAAAACUGCCUGUGCUGUAACACGUUUCCUUGUUUAUUUUUUCUUUCUUUUUCUUUUUUUUUUUUCUGGAGGGAGAGGUCCCUGCAAGGUCCCUUCCCAGGCAGGGGAGGGACGGAAAUGCCGUCACAGUAGUAGGGACUGGAGCGUCUACAAGGAUGGAGGGGAGCUACUCAGGCCUAACAUUAGCUACAAGGAAAAAGGACGCCUUCCGUGACAGAUCUUUGAGGUGUCUGUGUCUGCCCCAAGUGGCCGGCAGUGGCCUUCCCUCCGGGCCCAAGGCCUGCAGCCACCUGCUCUAACUCUGGGUGGGGGGAGCUGGGGGGACUGCAGGGGCUCGGGGACAGGACAGCAGCAAGAGGCAGGGGCCGAGGACGGAGGCCUUCCCGACAGUGGGGUGGGUUGUACAUUCAAGUGUGAGGUGAACCCUUUGGUGGGGAGGGGGCCCCUGAAGCCUCAGCGGGGCCACCCCUCCCUGCGGCGCCUCUUGAGUCUAGGGGGAGGGGCUGCUGGCUCGGCCCGGCCGGCCUGGCUUCACAGAGGGUCUGCGGAUUGACACUGGUUCUUUUCGUAAAAAAAUAAAAUUAAAAAAAGCA